AGCCGUGACGUCUCACCGGCUGAAACAUUACUUAAGCGACUUUCACAGCUCGCGUACGCUGAAAGGUUACCGCAUCAACAGAUAACCCCAAGUAAAGGAAAAAAAGUAAAAGCAUCAUGGCUCUCAGAAGUGCCCUGACGCGUCUGCUCACCAGCAGCCAAAAGUGUGUGGUGGUCACUGCAGGCAGAGCCCAGAGCACAGCUGCUGCAGCUGCAAAAGAUGCUGAAGAGGUCAAAAAGGCUCCCAAGGCAGCUAAGGUGGCAUUCAGCUGGCAGGACCCUCUUGAUCUCGAGGGUCAGCUGACAGAGGAAGAAAUCAUGAUCCGUGACACCUUCCGCAACUACUGCCAAGAAAAACUGAUGCCUCGCAUCCUGAUGGCCAACAGGCACGAACAUUUUCACCGUGAGAUUGUCUCAGAAAUGGGGGAGCUGGGCGUCCUUGGCCCAACAAUUAAAGGGUAUGGCUGCGCUGGAACCAGUUACGUUGCCUAUGGGUUGAUUGCCAGAGAGGUCGAGAGAGUGGACAGUGGCUAUCGGUCUGUCAUGAGUGUCCAGUCUUCACUCGUCAUGCACCCCAUCUAUGCUUACGGCACCGAGGCCCAGAAGGAGAAGUACCUGCCCCGACUUGCUCGGGGAGAAAUCCUGGGCUGCUUUGGCUUGACAGAACCGAACCACGGCAGUGACCCAAGUAGCAUGGAGACGAGGGCCAAGUACAAUCCAUCCAGCGGUACAUUUUCCAUCAGCGGAGCCAAGACAUGGAUCACAAACUCUCCUGUGGCGGACAUCGCGGUGGUCUGGGCCCGGUGUGAGGACGGCAAAGUUAGGGGCUUCAUCCUGGAGCGUGGAAUGAAAGGUUUUACAACACCAAAGAUUGAGGGCAAGUUCUCUCUGAGGGCAUCUGCCACUGGUAUGAUCCUGAUGGAUGAAGUGGAAGUUCCCAACGAGAACCUGUUGCCCCAUGUCUCAGGUCUUGGCGGUCCGUUUGGCUGUCUGAAUAAUGCCCGUUAUGGCAUCGCCUGGGGAGCUCUAGGGGCUGCAGAGUUCUGCUUCCACGCUGCCCGGCAGUACACUCUGGACAGAAUCCAGUUUGGUGUGCCACUGGCCAGGAACCAGCUAAUGCAGAAGAAGAUGGCAGACAUGCUCACGGAGAUCACGAUUGGCCUGCAGUCAUGUCUCACCCUGGGAAGGCUUAUUGAUCAGAAGAAAGCGGCACCAGAGAUGAUCUCCAUGCUGAAGAGGAACAGCUGCGGCAAGGCCCUAGAUAUCGCCAGACAAGCCAGAGACAUGCUAGGAGGAAACGGCAUUGCAGACGAGUACCACAUCAUCCGUCACGUCAUGAACCUGGAGGCUGUCAACACUUAUGAGGGGACCCAUGACAUUCAUGCCUUGAUCCUGGGCAGAGCCAUCACUGGGCUGCAGUCGUUCACCGUGGACAAGUAGAUGGACUUUAAGCAUCACGAUAAAACUGAUGAUCUGAAUAAUGUGGGAAGAGCAGUUUCAUCCUAGGAGACUCUCCGCUGGGAUACGUCAUAACGAUCACACUUGUGUUUUUUUAACUACUGGGACAAGAUAUUAUAUUUGUGUCUUAGUCUUAUCCUUACUUUCCAGUCAUAUUGGAGCCAAACGUUGGAUCCAUCUUUUUACUGCUUUUUUAAUUAUUUAACCUGUCUUUGAACUGUAGUUAACAGUAACUUAACACUGUGACACUUUUGUAAGUCGCUACAUAUUCAUCUGGUAUAUUUUGCGAUACUUGAGCAUUUAAAUAAAUUGAUUUGAAUGAUCAUA